AUGUUGACUUGGCGACGAUCGAUCACGACAUGCAUGCAAAAGAGCGCAUUCCAUACGUCCAAAGCAGCACGCAUACCGCCACGAAGAAGCAAUAUCAGUAAUACCAUCAACAAUCGUUGGGGGAGUUUUGAACGUAUCACACCAGCAUCGCUUGCCACUGUGGAUGUAACAACGUUUCCACGCCGACCUGUGCCUGACAACAUUCCUCGUCCAUCCUACGCCGCACAAGGACUUGCCUCGAGUUGGGAAUCUGACAUCCCUUGCUUAUCCACACAAGAACAAAUACAAGGUCUUAAGAAUGCAUGUCAACUUGCAAAGAAUGUCUUGACCAUGGGUGGCAAAAUGUGUCUGCCAGGUAUCACCACCGAAAUGAUCGACAAGGAGCUGCAUCAAGCGAUAAUAGACAAUGGGGCUUAUCCUUCUCCUUUGAAUUACAUGGGUUACCCAAAGAGCGUAUGCACAUCAGUAAACAACAUCAUUGCCCAUUCCAUUCCAGACGAUCGGCCCCUACGAGAUGGUGAUAUUAUCAACAUUGAUGUCACGGUAUACUUGAAUGGUUACCAUGGCGACACUUCGGCAACAUUUAUGGUGGGCAACGUGGAUUCAAAAGGCAAAGACCUGGUCGAGAAUACAAAGGAAUGUUUGGACAAGGCUAUCAAUAUCUGUGGACCUGGCGUACCAUUCAAUGAAAUUGGCAGAGUGAUCAGUGAUCAUGCUGAGAACAAUGGCUACACUGUAUCCGAAGAAUUGACUGGUCAUGGCAUUGGCACCGAGUUUCAUUGUCAUCCCUUGAUCUAUCAUCACAGAAACGCUGAGGAAGGUACAAUGGAACCAGGAAUGGCAUUCACCAUUGAGCCCAUUUUGUGUCAAGGUUCACCUAUGGGGAUUUUGUGGCCCGACCAAUGGACUAUUUCAACGAUCGAUGGUGGAAGAAGUGCACAAUUUGAGCAUACAGUCCUCAUCACAAAAGACGGCGUAGAUGUCUUGACAAAAUGA